CUGAGCGGCCUGCUCGCCGGUCUUCCGACCUUGGCGGGCUCCCAACGCCUCGCCAAUUCCCUCAAGCAGAAGUUCGCCAGUAACUCCGGUUACCCCCGGCCCGGCCUGAUGCGCGCCGCCCCAAUCGCGACGAUCUCGUCGUCACGCUCGCUUCCCGAGGUCACACGACUGGUUGUGACCGCGGUUAGUCCCUUCCACUAAGACACACACAAAAAGACCCAGAAGACGCCGGUCGCCCCGCGAGCGGCUACACCUAGGAACCAUGACGACGAUACCGAUACUCAACAUGGAGUUCGGUGAGCUCAAGGAGAUCAUCUGGACGAAGCUGCAAGAGCCGAAAGCUCAGCGCAAGCUGAUCCUGGUCAUCGUCUGCGUGGCGCUGCUACUGGACAACAUGCUGUACAUGGUGAUAGUACCGAUUAUUCCCGAUUACCUUAAAUAUAUUGGCGCGUUCGGCGAGGUCGAGGAGGAACCGGUCAACGCUACUGGCGCGCCUAGUCAUCACGGCCAGGACUCCGCCACGGGGGUGCUAUUCGCGUCGAAGGCAAUAGUGCAACUGAUGGUGAAUCCGUUCUCCGGCGCGCUGAUCGAUCGGAUCGGCUACGACAUUCCGAUGAUGAUCGGUCUCUGUAUCAUGUUCCUCUCGACCAGCGUGUUUGCGUGCGGCAAGAGCUACGGCGUGCUGUUCUUCGCCAGAAGCUUGCAGGGCGUUGGCUCCGCGUUCGCCGACACCGCCGGUCUCGCUAUGAUCGCCGAUCGCUUCACGGAAGAGUCGGAACGCUCGAAGGCGCUCGGCAUCGCACUGGCGUUCAUCAGCUUCGGCUGCCUGGUCGCGCCGCCGUUCGGAGGUGCCCUCUACCAGUUCGCCGGCAAAGAGGUGCCGUUCCUGAUCCUGGCGUUUGUUAGCCUGGCGGACGGUUUCAUGUUAUUGUUGGUGAUGAAGCCGAUCAAGCAACAAAUGCAAGAUCGCCAUAACAAUGCCGCCAAGUCAACGAUACCGAUCUGGCGGCUGCUGAUAGACCCGUACAUCGCCGUGUGCGCGGGCGCCCUGAUGAUGUCCAACGUCGCGCUCGCCUUCCUCGAGCCGACGAUCUCGCUGUGGAUGGAGGAUACGAUGACGCACGACAACUGGAAAAUUGGUAUGAUCUGGUUGCCGGCCUUCGUCCCGCACGUGCUCGGCGUCGUAAUUACCGUGAAGAUGGCUAAGCAGUAUCCGCAAUAUCAAUGGCUGAUGGCGGCGGGCGGCCUCGCGCUCGAAGGUCUCUGCUGUUUCAUCAUACCGUUCUCUAGCUCGUACGUGGUGCUGAUGAUACCGCUGUGCGGCAUCUGCUUCGGUAUCGCGCUUAUCGACACCGCGCUGCUGCCCACCCUAGGCUACCUAGUGGACGUUAGGUACGUGUCGGUGUACGGUAGCAUCUACGCGAUCGCCGACAUCUCGUACAGCUUGGCAUACGCGGUGGGUCCGAUCAUAGCCGGCGGGGUCGUCGAGGCGAUCGGCUUCACCGCCCUGAAUAUCGGCAUCGCCUUCUCGAAUCUGCUCUACGCGCCGGUCCUCUACUACCUGCGUCACAUCUACGACUUCAAGCCGUUCCAGGACGAGGCAAACGUGCUGAUGCAAGAUCCGCCCGACAAGGAGUACCAGACGUACGUGCUGCAGGAACAGCGGCCGAUCACCGGCGAGAUCGGCAACCAUUUGAAUCAGACGCGUAUGGAGACGAAUAUCGAUCAGGGUUACGAUCAGAACUAUCAGACGGCGGGGCAGAUCGGUUACGAUCAGCGCGCCGGCGGUUAUGGCGCGCAGAACACGAUCGGCGGUUACAACCAGCCCGCUCACGAGCAGCCGCCGGUCUACAAUCAAUCGGCUGGCUACGCUCAGCCCGGCGACUACGGUCAACAGAGGAAUUACGCGGCCGAGCGCCAGGAUCAGCGGGGUGCUGCCCAGGCUGACAUAAACCCUUUCAGAAGGCCGGAUCCGGCGGAUCAGCGGCCGGCCGGGGACAGCAACCCCUUCAGGCAAGGGAUGUUCUAAAGCGACGUCCGUCGCCGAGUGUCGCCGUAGCGGUCUAACUGAUCGCGCAUGCGCGUCCCCUUUGCUCGAGAGUGUGUUCGAGAGUCUUCGUGACAGGCUUCCACUUAUAUCGGCAAGAAAAAGAAUCGACGUCAUCGCGGAGCACGGCGGCUCGGCGGUACUCCCGGGCAGCGAUGGCGAUCGGGACGCUCGAUCAGGGGUGAGGGGAGGAUCGCCGAUCGCGCCAGCGCGGCGUUCCGCCGAAUCUCGAUCGUCCUCCGGAGUAUCGUCGGUGUUUAUCGGGGAUGGCAGGUGCAACGACUUCCAAAGUGAUUCCCUCGUCCUGGCUCGAGCUUCCGUGCGCAGCUGGUAAUACGAGUUGCGAGGAAAGAGAGGAAAGGAAGAGACGGGACGGGUAGGAGACGUUGAGAGAAGUGGAAGGGAAAGCACGGUCGGAUAAGCACGCGGAAAGGACAGUAGUCGUCUUCGUCGGGAAUAAUAAGGACCUUAAGGAGAAUAACUACAUCGAAAUAAAAUUAGAGUGAGAAGACGGGGGGAUGUGUCGGUGCUAUGGAAGAAGGAGAAAAGAGACAAUAUUCUUUAUUCGGGCUGCAAGAAAUCAUUGCGCGAACUGUAGACGGAUCGAAAAAUAGAGGGAGGAUUCACGGCCGCGACGAAGGCUUCCCAUCAGCAAGGACCUUCGCUCGCGGAUUGCCGCUGGGCAAGUCUUGAGUUUUUAAUGCUUUCGUUUGAGAACCGUACAUUGCUGAACGGAAAUAUCAUAUCACUAAUUAAGACGUCAGAAAUCUAGGAAAUAAGGCUUUAAGUUAAGUAGGCGAUUGUAUAGUUGUGGGGUUGUGAUGAGGGCGGUCGAUUUGCCCCACGAAUCGCUCUGUAUUGGCAAAGUACUCUCAUCUCUGCUUCGAUUUUUAAAUACUCGUUACUAAAACGCCAUAGACAGCAUGUUAAUAGUGAAACUUAUAUUACAAGAAUUGUUUUCGGUGAUUCAAAUAAAACGCGUAUAUAUUCUAAAAUUGUUAUUUGUUACAUAUUCUAUUAUUAAUAAACAAUGGGUAUAAGCAUUACGAACAUUGAUGGAAAUGGCAGGUAAUAAUUAAAGCUGUUCUACUAAAAAAUUUUUAUUCCAGGUAAUUUUCAAUCUCUGAAAGCUUGUCCUUAUACUCAUUCCUUGUCUUUAAAGGAGAUAUGAAAAGAAAGUUAUUUCUGCUAUUUUUGAACAGAAUCUAAAACGAUGUCUUUUGCAAUAUUACCAACAAAAACACACAUAUAGCGUUAGAAUUCUAAAGAAGUUGACUUCUAUUUUGUUAAAUAAUUAAAGAUUGAUAAGUUAAUUUUAUAAUAUAACCCUAAUAUUUAUAACAUUUUACGAUGUUUUUCUCUAAUUAUAAUUAUCUGUUUCUUCGCUUCAGUGUCAUACGAUUUCUUUCGCACUAAUUGAGUACUUUGCCGCAAUAAUGGAGCAAUAUCAGUACCAAAGCGCGAGCGCGUUAAAGUAAACAUAUCUGUAUUUUUAUGAGAUUACUUUUCUAAUUGUAGGGAUAUAUAUUUCGUUCGAAUACUGGUCACAGGGGGGGGGGGGGAAGGGAGUUCGGUUCACGCGGAAAAUCGCGUGUGAUAUCUAGACGUAUCUAGGCGUGCAUAAUAAUUUCUAUAUGUAUGUAAAUAUAUCAAAAAUUUUAUUAUGUGUCGGAGUGACUUGGACGCAAGGUUUCGCGGUGAUUAUCGCAAGCUGCUCUCUCAAGAUGCAUUUCUAUUUAUUUUAGAUACAUUAUUUACUCUAUUUUAUUUUUUUUAAUUAUUCUAAAGUAAUAAUUAUAUACUUUAACGUUGCUUUGCAGAGCAAUGCACACAUGCAUAAUUAUUUUUUAAAACACAAAGCAGGGUGAAAAAGAAAAGAUAGAACAAAAUUCCUUUCUUGAGUUAUUUAGAAGAAGAUUAUUUAGAUAUAUAAAAAUUUGCUUUUACGAUUUUUCUCGGCGAUAGCCGGCAAGCCUUACGGCCGAGGGCACAGCACACAUUCGUACCUACUCGUCAAUACUAAGAAACAUCGCGAGAAGCAAAUAAAUAAGUUGUUAAUCAACUAUAGCACUAUACACACAUAUACCGGCACGGCGAUUACAUCGCCGGCGUGUUGGACGCGAAAAGAAGAGGUUCCUCGAUCGUCAGGGAAUCCGUUUCGCUCGCGUCGAUCGGACUUCAGGACCACUCGCCCAUCGUCGCGCGGAUCCUCGAGAAUUGAUUCGCGAGUGCUUUGAGUUAAUUCAGUGCCUGAACUUUGCAGUUUUUAUCCCCGUGGUCGCGUAGUACGAGCGAAUAAUUGUAAAGCUCUCCCCAUAAUAGAUACAUAUCCAAGCAAGUAACCCGACCUAACGUAACGUAGAUACACUCUCUAUAUUAGACCGCUAUACAUAUGUACCUAAACAUAGGCUACGCGUUUCUGUUUUAUAGCCGCGUGGAAGAGAGAAAGAGCGUGUUUUAUCCUCCGCAAUGACAUUUCGUUUCUAUGAGCUGGCCUCUAAAGCUAAGGAUUUUACCAGGUAACGGCAACGUCUGGCCUGGUUGAUGGUUAUCGUCGCGAUUUCGCCGAACAAAUCGAGCGAAGGUCAAUGCAAUAAGAUCUCGAAAGUAAUUAGAUAGAUUUUGUGCUUCUCUAACUCUUUAAUAUUGAAAUGUCACUUUUAGCUGAAAUCAUUAAAAUAAUUAGAUAUGUUAAUCAAAUUCUAGGAUACAUUCUCAACUGGUAAUUUUUGGUACUUUAAUAAACAUUCUUUUUUUCGCUCAUUAUUUUAAGAAUUUACAUUUGUGACGUUAAUCUCUUAUCUUUUCGAUUCAAGACCAGUGAGAAAUCGAGUUUACAAAUGUUACAAUGUUAAAGUGAUUAUGUGAUAAUUAUCGGCAAGGCGUUGCGUCAGUUGCACUACGGUUAUACAUACACAUUACUAUAUAUAUAUUAUUACUAUAUAUAUAUAUAUAUAUGUAUAUGUGUGUAAUGUGUAUGUAUAUAUAUCGUAUAUAAAAUUAUAUUCGUAGCUUCUUCUGCUCUUGUAAAUAUAUAUUACGCGCGAAAAUGAGAAGAAAGGAGCUUUUUCCUUCGCGUGAAUUCGUCGCGUAUUGAGUGUCCCGAAACUGUCACUCCUUUCUUUUUCAGUUACGAAUUUUUUUACCUUUAUUUUUGUAAGAAAAGCUCAAGCUAGAAUUCUGUUAAAACUUUCGCUUAAAAUUGGAUUUUAUUUGCUUUCUAUCUACACAGCUUACUAUGCGAAAUAAUCCGUUUCAUUUUCAAUCGCGCUUACGUUUCGAUCGAAGCCACGAUAAUCGAAGCAAGCAUUCGUUGCUCGUUCGACUUCUCUAACAAGUCGUCUUCGUGGUCUUCGAUAGUGGCAGUAGUCCCGGGGCACUCGGUGUAUCUUGCCUACUUGUAUCAUAUCGUUUGUAAGUGUUGUGAACGCGACAGUUGUGUGUACGUGAGUAUAGAAUCCUCUUUCUUCUGCGUCGGGACUGAAGGCCAGUGCUGGGCAAAGGUGUUAUUGUCUUGACACUAGGAAUAGAAUCUGAGGAUUUUAAAAGUGAAAUAGAAAACUGAAUCUUGUUGGAACGAGAUAAGUUUCUCUUUGAAUAAAGAAGAAAAGACAUAUACAUAUACAUUUCUCGCGUUCCUCGAAAAAUAGUGAGUUACUUUUUUAAAAACAUAGUAAACGCAUUAAAAAGUUUUUUGUUUUACCAAAAAAAGGAUCCUUUAUUGAAAAAAUAUUAUUUUGUUCCUGAUAAUUAUUUUUCUCUCGAAAAAGGAAAUUAUCGCUAAUUUCAUUUUGCUUUUGAGAUCCUCAGCUAUAAUUAUAUAAUAUGAAAAACUUACUGUUAUUGUACACAUACACAAAUUUCGUUAAGUUUCGACGAUUAUAUGAUGUAUAAUUUGUUAUAACUGUUAAGUCGGAGUGGAAACGACAAGAAUUUUCUUUAUUGUGUACAGAAGAUUCCUAAAUUCCACAUAUUAAUAACCUGUAGAUAAUUAUUGGACAAUUUGCGGAUAAUUCGUUGCUUCUUCUACGCUUGAGAAAAAAUUCUAAAUUAAGAAAGCGAUUUGGAGUCUUCAAGAUAUUCAUCGAUUUAGGCUCUUAAACUGCUAAUGUGUAAGUAGCUUCCUCGGUGACAUACAUAAUACGUUGUGCAAAGCGAACGAAGCGCAAAGUGCGUUCUGUAUAUAUAUCAAAACCUUGCUCAGCACUAUCGGGAACGACGUUUAGAGUGAAAACACGGGCGCUAGUUUCCCAACGAUAUUUUUCUCACGUCUAAUUCCCAAGUGUUGCGAAGAAGGGAGACGGCGAGAUGGGAGCAGUCCGUUACGACAGAACAUCGCAAUACGCGAGAACACAUAUCACAAGAUGGAGGGAGGGCGGAACGAGGAGAAAUGGUCACCGGGAUUAUAUGUAUCUAAUUAUCCGUGCAUAAUGUAUAUUAUCCGUGCGCGAUGAAGAAGCGAUCGUGCAUCCCGAGAUUAUCCGUAAGCGUAGCGUAACUUAACUGCAAUACAUCCGCACUUUGCGCGUAACAUACACACACAUAAAAACACACACAUGCAUAUACAUAUAUAUAUAUAUAUACACACACACACAACACGCAGAUACAUAAAACAGGUACAUACAUUCAGUAUACAUACAUACACUCGUGAAUUCUAUAAUUAUAUACGCAGACACACACACACACACACACACACACACACACACACACACACAUGUAUGUAUAUUUAUUUGAUGAAAAACCAAGUAAUUCGAAAUGCGUAUGUAAUUGAAAUCCUAUGACACUGUAAUAUUGUUGAACCGGUUAUUAAAGAUGUCAUUGUUACCGAAGAAUA